ACCUAAUAACUAGUUAAGAAGGCAGUUUGCAAGUCUGGAAAGAGUGCAGAGCUUGUAGUGCGGGAGUUUGGGAGGAUUGAGUCGGCGGAGAGAAAAAAUAUAUUUAUAAUAAGCGGAGAAGUGCUGGGCUGUGGACUGUUAGACACUGCGGCGUCUACGAGAGUAGAGGGGAGCAAGCAUGGUACAGCAGACGGAGAACAGCGAGACGGAGAGUAGCGUGUCCCGGGAAGCCACUGACACUGAGGAGAACGAGUUCAUGGCUUGCAGUCCGGUGUCGCUGAACCCAGACUGGUGCAAAACGGCGACCGGGCACAUUAAGCGGCCGAUGAAUGCAUUCAUGGUUUGGUCCAAAAUCGAGAGGCGGAAGAUCAUGGAGCAGUCGCCGGACAUGCACAACGCGGAGAUCUCCAAACGGCUGGGCAAGCGCUGGAAAAUGCUGAAGGACAGUGAGAAGAUUCCCUUCAUCAGGGAAGCCGAGAGGCUCCGCUUGAAACACAUGGCCGAUUAUCCCGACUAUAAGUACAGACCCAAGAAAAAACCAAAGCUCGACGUUUCCUCAAAGCCGUCCGCGCAGUCGCCGGAGAAAUCCAGCGGCAAGAUUCCCAAGACCCCCGGCAAGAAAUGCCCCAAGUUAAAGACCAGUAAGGCGAGUGCAAAGCCGAGCCACGAGUACGGAGGGGAGUACGCCUUCCAAAACUUAAAAGUAAGCAAAGUCUCCAAAAGCGAGCUCACGGAUGAGGAGGACGAGGAGGACUACGAGGAUGACUUUCGCAUCCGGAUUAAGCAGGAGGACGGGGAGCGGACACGGCCGUGCAAUGCGGCCAAAGUGCCGGCCAGCCCGACCCUGAGCUCGUCCGCUGAGUCGGAAGGGGCGAGCAUGUAUGAAGAAGUGCGGAGCACGCCGUCCAGCAGGCUCUUCUACAACUUCAAGAACAUCACCAAACAGAGCGCCACAUGCGCCGCGUCCGUCUCACCAGCAUCCUCUACCAGGUCCGUCUCCACCUCCUCCAGCUCCAGCGAGGACGCCGACGACCUGCUCUUCGACUUCAGCUUAAAUUUCGCACCCAGUGCUUCAGGAUCGGAGCUGGGCAACCCGAAUUCAGGAAACCUCUCCCUCUCUCUGGUGGAUAAAGAUUUGGACUCGUUCAGCGAGGGCAGCCUUGGUUCUCACUUUGAAUUUCCAGACUAUUGCACCCCCGAACUGAGUGAAAUGAUCGCCGGGGACUGGCUAGAGGCGAACUUUUCUGACUUGGUGUUCACUUACUAGGUUUUUUUAUUUUAUUUUUUUCUUUCCUUUUUAAGAGCCCAAAUAAUAACAGGGAAGAAGAAAUUAAAUUAUAUGUCUUGUCCAAGUUGUUUCUAGCCCUGCCUCUCUGGUUCAUCUUGGGGUUCGGGGAGGAUGCGGAGUGAGGUUUGAGGAAUUAAAGAUGCUUAUGAAGCUGGUACCGUAGUGCAAAAAAAAAUAAUAAAAGAAAAAAAACUGCAGACAUUUUUUUGGCAGCAUGACAGGGUUUUAUGGAUUUUUCCCCCUGUAGGUCUACAAUUACUGUUCAACUAAAAUGGACCGCAGAGAAAGGAAGGAAAAAAUUCUAUGCAUCUUACCCUCUUAAAACUGCAGGGAGCUGAAAACGUAAGACUGUGGACUGAUUUCAAAAUCUGUGAACGGACACUUUUCAGGACCAUACCUUUACAAUGGGUUUUGUGAUUUAUAUGCCGCGUUUUUUAUUUUUGUUUUUUUCGGUAACCUAUUCCGUUUACCUCCUGACUCUAAAAAGACCAACAGCCUAAAUCUCUCCCGAACACAGGUGUGGGAGAGAAACGUUUUGAUACAUAACAGACCUCAUCUUUUUAAAAGAAAAGUAAGAUAUUUUCAGGCAUAUUUUUGUACAGUCUUUAAAAAAAAGGGAAUGUUCUUGCUGUGCUUUCAGUGAGUUUCAGGCACUUGUUCCCUUUCUUGAUUGUUUUAGCAUGCAAGGGACUCUUGGUCUAAGGAUUAAGUUAAAUUUAAAACUUGCAUAAAAAAUGCCUUUGUGGUUUUUUAAGCUAGGUUUUGUACAGUUGUAGAUCAGAUAUGUUGAGUAUUUGUAGGAGACAUAUGGCAUCUGAGGUACCUUUACCUCAAUGCUGGUAUUAGUUUCAAGAUUGUAUAUGUACUGUAAUAUAGUAAAGUUAGGAGUUUAUGUAAUCAUGCUCGUGAUCAUGUGGAUGGGUCCCAAAUCGCAGGUGUGAAACUGGAUUUUUUCUUAUGGCACAUACUGUUUUCCUUUCUCCUCCCCUCAUUUUUUGUGCAAUAUAUAUACACCUUUUUAAUACAGACCAUCUGCAUUUUUGUAGCAAAUGAUGGGCUGGUUCAUUGCCAAAAGCUCAUCAUUACCUGUCAUGAUGCUGAAGUCUGUGUCUUGACAAAAAAAAUCAAUAAAAAAAGGAAAAUAAAUCAGCUGGAACUGAUACAAAAAUGAUCAAAAACUGGCUGUCUGUUACCAUGCGUUUCUGAAGGGGGGGUGGGAGGAAAAAGAGGUCCCCCCCCCCCCGGUUCCUUAUCUGAUUUGGAAAAGCCACACAUUGGGAAUUCUGACACUGAAUUGAACAAACUGACCCUGCAGUUUUAAAAGUAUUUUGGUGCUGAAACGGGCAAGUAUUUCUUGUGGGUGGUCUUGGGGGGGGGGGGGGUAGUGCGGGACAUUCCAUAUUCUCGUUUCAUAAAAUGGAACAUUCUCAUAUUUUUAAUAUAUUAAACCUGACUGCCUUUUCUACAACAACUUUAAACCUGUACUUUUUUCUUUCUUGCACUUAAAGAGAUGAUGAGAAUUCUGUUUAUUUUUUAUGUGGGUCCUUAAUAUGAAGUCCUGUUUUGAAUACAUGAUUUGGAAUAUAACUUGACCUGACACUGAGAAAUCACUGAGGUUACAAAAAAUAGUUUUCAUAUUCCCGGUUGUGCAUAUCUUUGACUCAUCUUUUAAUAAACUAUUACAUACCACCGUGA